AUGAAAAAAAUAAGUUCAAUAGGUAAUUAAUAUUCAUAUUAAGAAUUCAGUUGAUUAUCCUCCUUUUGAAUUUACUGGGAAAAGAAUACCAAUAACAGCUCUAAUCUGUAAUGAACCUUCUUUAAAAAAAGAGACAAAACCAAAUUAUAAUUUUUUGAUCUUCUCAAAUUAAUGUGGGUUAAAAAGAUCAAAAUCUACUCCUCCUUCUUUGAGAGAGUUAUUAACUGAUACAUUUACAAUUAAUCUCACAGAAAGGACAUUACCAUCAAAAAAAAUUUCGAUUUUACUUCCAUUCAAAAAUGCUGUAGAAAAGAUUAGAUCUAACAAUAGAGAAAUCAUUACUAGAAGGAAAUCUUGUUAUGGAUCUUUAUUUGGAGUAAAUUAAUAAAAAUAGAUGAUAAAUUUUCCUACUUCUAUUGAAAUGCAUAAGAAAAUUAAUGGAAAAGAAUUCGCUCUCUCAAGCUUUGCUGAAAUAUUAAAAAAAAAUCAAAGGAAAAGCACAAAGCGUCCAAGUCUUGCUCGUAAACUCUCGAAAUAGAUGAGCUUAAUUGGUAAAGUUUAUAAAUGAUAUAUUAAGAAUAUGAUAAUAUGGAAAGACCUCCAUCAUGUAAAACUCCUAGGGAAACAAAGAUUAUUUCAUUUAAAAAGAAGAAUUCGACAACUUUAAUUAAGGAGAAAUAUAUACAAGAAUAAAAAUUAAAAUUGUUUCAUUUCAUGAAUGAUUCUUAGUCUAGAAAAAUAUAAUUAAAUUCAUUGCCCUUUAGAAAUUCAAUAAAACCUAGAGGAGAUACAAUGAAAUUAAAAACAUGCAUGACAGAAUUACUCAGUACAUAAAGAAGUCCAACAUCAAGUUAUAGAACUACUACUUAUUCCAGACCUUAUUAAAAGUAGAAUGAAUUACUCUCAAAAUUAAUAAAAACUGAACACAAAAGUAGAUCUCACUACUUUCCUAAAUCAACUAUUAAUGCAUUCGGCUAUUGA